GAGCUGGGCUGUGGCACUGGUGCCAACUUCCAGUUCUAUCCUGCUGGCUGCAGGAUCACCUGCCUGGACCCAAAUCCCCACUUUGAGAAGUUCCUGAAAAGGAGCAUGGCUGAGAACAGGCACCUCCAAUAUGAGCGGUUUGUGGUGGCCCCUGGAGAGGACAUGAAACAAGUGGCUGAUGGUUCCAUGGACGUGGUGGUCUGCACUCUGGUGCUCUGCUCUGUGCAGAGUCCAAAGAGGGUCCUGCAGGAAGUCCACAGAGUGCUGAGGCCGGGAGGAGUGCUGUUAUUCUGGGAGCACGUGGCUUAUCCGCGAGGAAGCCAGGCCUUCAUGUGGCAGCAAGUUUUUGAGCCCACCUGGAAGCACAUUGGGGAUGGCUGCUACCUUACCAGAGAGACCUGGAAGGACCUGGAGAAUGCCCAGUUCUCUGAGAUCCAAAUGGAACGACAGCCCCCUCCCCUCAAAUGGUUACCUGUUGGGCCCCACAUCAUGGGGAAGGCUGUGAAAUAAACUUCCAUGGGGGGGGUCAUUUGCUCCCUCCCCUGUCCCCAGUCAGAAAAAGCCA